AUUGUGUGUGGUACAUAGUGUACUGAGAUCUUCCUACUGUCAUUAACGGCGCCAAAAUAAUCGCCAUCUUGGAGGCUGCCGGCAGGGAGUAUGCUGGUUGCUGCCUUUUUAUAUGGUUGUUUCAUGCUUUAUAUGUCAAGUUCAACUUGUGGUUCAACAGUUAGCUCGAUCCCGUAGGUUCUGAAAAUGGUAUUCGUUUGAGUAAGAUGUCGGCGAAGAAUUUAUGGUUGAGAGUCUGUGCUACAGAUUGAUCUGUAUGUGUUUGAGGUCCCGCUCCGGCUAUGACAGCGGCUCGAGCGAGGAGGACGUGUCUGAUGAAUCCGCUGCCGAUGAGAUGCCGCCUACAGUUCGGAGUGGAGGCCGCAAGUCCAUCAACAAGGGCCGCUGGAGUAAAAAUGAAGAUGGGCAGUUAAAACUGUUGGUGGAGGAGUAUAACGAGAGGUGGGACCUCAUCUCGCGGCACUUCCCCGAUCGCUCCGAUAUGCAGUGUCAGCAGCGCUGGCAGAAGGUCGUCAAUCCGGAGUUGGUGAAAGGACCUUGGACCAAAGAGGAGGAUGAAAAGGUUGUUGAACUGGUGAAACGAUAUGGGCCAAAGAAAUGGACACUCAUUGCCCGUCAUCUGAAGGGACGGAUUGGGAAGCAGUGUCGUGAACGUUGGCAUAACCAUCUAAAUCCUGCUAUCAAGAAGACAGCUUGGACAGAAGAUGAAGACAGGGUGAUCUAUGAAGCCCACCGUCAGUGGGGUAACCAGUGGGCCAAGAUCGCUAAACUGCUUCCUGGCAGGACUGAUAAUGCAAUUAAGAAUCACUGGAACUCUACAAUGCGUCGAAAGUAUGAGUCGGAGGAAAAAACGGGAGUAACAGUAGAAGCAAAACGUGGCAAGGGUAAGGCCAAAGCCCAAGCAUGUACCCCAGAUGGUUAUAGUGGUAUUGAGUCAGUGAGCAGCGUACAAUACCAGACUGCAGCACCCAGCUACCAAGAAGGUUCCCAGCAGUCUCCUGUACAACAAGGUGUUGUUGGAGAAUACCCAACACUUGCAGCUAUUACUUUGGACGUGUAUGAGGGCACUGAUUGGUCUCCAGAGUAUUAUGAUACAUUGAGUCAUUCAAGUGCUGGAUACUCUCAGACUGGCCCAAGUCCAGUGCCAUCUGCAAGUCCUGUAGUAUGCCAGGUGUCACAUACUCUUAAGCCAGCUGAAAAAAAUAUGCCACCUAAUUAUGAGCAGGAAUAUAAGCCACAAUCCCCUCAACACAGAACGUCAUCACAGAUAUUUUCACCACUCAGGGAAUUUGAUUUUGAAAUUCUGAACACACAAUGUACUCCACUGAAACUGGUUCCCUCACCAGAUGAAGGAUUUGCAGAUUUAAAUAUGAUGGACUUGGUAACUGAUAGUGAAUAUAUUGCCUCUAACAUUUCACCAGAGAAGGAGAUGGCUGAAAAGAAGCAGUUGCAUAUAGGUUACACAUGUGAUAGUCAAACCAUCCACACUACAAGUAAUAAUGUGACAUGUUCAGGCAUGACUGCUGAUAGUCUAAUUCAUGUCACUCCUUCAUGUGUUGGCAAUAGAUUAUCUCCACCAUGUAUAUUAAGGCGAGGUUCUCGCCACAAGCGACGAAGAAGUAAAACUUCAGAGCAGCUGAACAAUUCAUCUGAUUUCAUUUUACCUGAUGACCUUUCUGUAUCAAAGUAUAUGGAUGACACUGGAAUGUGUUCAUCAUAUCUCUCCAUCCCUAAUCUGGAUCCUCACAGGACACCAGUAAAAGCAUCACCUAUAAAGCCAUUACUGUUCAGCCCAUCACAGUUCUUAAACAGUCCAAACCUAUCCUUUAAUGUGGGUUUAUCAGCGACGCCCCUACGACGAUGUACUGUCACUGCACAGUCUACGCCUCUGCAGCAGCAGGCAGAGCAAGAGAAGGAAAACAGUCCAGGACUCCUGAGUACUCCAUAUUCUUUCCCAAUGCAGCCAACGAAGCUAAGUCUGAUGAACAGGAACAGUGAUCCUGAUCAUUCCACCCCAAGUAAAGCGAGACGGUGUCUUGCUGAUCCUAUGCCGAGAACACCAACACCAUUCAAGAAUGCCCUGGCUGAACUAGAAAAGAAUGGAGGCAUUGCUAAAUACAUGCCACAGAGCCCUACUUGCCUGGUUGAAGACCUUACGGAGAUCAUAAAGAAAGAACAAGAUCUGUCAGAUUCACAAUAUGAAACAGACAGUAGUUUGCUGUACUCAAAUCAGGAGAUGCUUCAAGACAGCGGUUAUUUAACAGCAAAGCGCAAGGUGUUGCUGCCCAUUGGAAAAGAGAAUGCUCAACCGAACAAGAGGGUAAGGAAGGCAUUGGCACCUUCAUGGAGUACACCAGGAAAUAUUUCUGUACCAGGGGUCACUGACAUUUCCUACACAGCAGAGACACCGAGCAAGUCACUUGGUGGGCACACGUCAGUUCUGUUCUCACCACCAUCCAUUGUGCGAGAUAUCCUGUCAGAGGAGGUAGUUUUUAUAUCGACAUCGGCACAUGUGCAGCACCAGCAACAGCGAUCCUCUCCAGUCACAAAGAAUCCCGGUACCUACCUGAGGCAUUCUGCUGUCAAGCGGAUCCACUUUGGAGACGUAACACACGAACGGAAACUGCCGAAGCUCGACGUGAGAUGGGAGAUGGUAGCUUGUGGGAAGACCCAAGAUCAGUUGGAUCUUACAGAACAAGCACACAAACUUCUCAAUAUGACCACUACACUCAAACCUCGUUCGCUGAACCUGUAGAGAACUGCACAUUGGGAUGGGGUCUUCAUAUAGCAUGCAGUAGUACAGAGGUGAAGGCUUAGCUACUCGGUGUGGAUGCUUUAUUGAUAUGUUCCUGUGGACUGCAGGCUGUAUGCCGGCCCUUUAAAGGGCAUGUACCUGUGGAAGAAAGAAAUGGACCUCAUCAGCUGUAAGUUGUGGGGACCUGCAACACAUGUGUUGCCUAUAGAGUGCCGCUUUGAAGGCUUCAGUGGAAUCUCAUGCAUUUGCUAUAUUUAUUUACAUAAUUUUAGAACCUUUAGAAAAGUUUCUUUGUAAAUUUGCGGUAUAAGAUGACUUUUUGAGUGUUCAAAUGCAUAUGUAUGUUCCCUGUAAUCUGAUGUUUUGGGGACUGUAAUGUGCAUGUCUGUAUAUGACAGUAAUCCUUUAGAAUUCCAAGUCUUUUGCAUCACACUUGUUUAUAUGUAUAACUUAACACUUUGUCAAUCUCCUCGAGUAUUGAGAUUGAGGAGUUUAAAGAGACUGAUGAUAUUAUGACAUGCAGAAAAGAAGAUUAACCUAAGAAUUCACUAACAAGGAAGGAAAAGUAGUGAUGAUACUCCUUGUAUUCUUUUGCGAGAAAUAGGUUUGGUAAUUGUAAAAGGAAAUUAAAUCUAAAUCUUAGUGCAAAUUAGGGUAAAUAAAAUUAUGUAGGUAAAUACAGUGCUUUUAGAUCUGCUUGUUAUAAAUGUUAUGUCAUUUAUUUUAAGAGUUCUCGUUUGUGCAUUGUUAUACUGAUUUUUUUUAUUUUUGCACACUUAAUGAAAAUUAAUGUUUUGUAUAAAUGGUGAGGAGAUAAAAGUCUCAGGAAAAAUUAUUCUUGAGCCAUUAUAAUGUCUUAACAGUUUACAGUACAUAUUUAUGAAUGAGAUACGUGUUAAUGCAUGGAUAGAAUACUUAAGAAUGCAUGUUGACAAGAUGAACAUUUGUUCACAGUCUGUGUAAUAUAAACUAGGAAUACAAUACAAGAAAAUUUGAACCAUGGUCACCUUGAGCAGUAUUUUGCCCAGGGGUUCUCAGCCUUUGGUGUGUUGGACUACAUGAUGCCUGGCAAUAUGUUUUGUUCAGCCUGUGUACGUUUUUAUGAUAUUGUAUCAAUGUAAAAAUAGAAAAAGUUGCUACUAACAUAAGUUGUAAAAAACCCAUUUAAUAUUAAAUGGUUAAUAAUUAAAACAAAUAAGAAAUCUGUUAAUGAAAAUAAUUGAAUAAUAUGUGAACCUGUUUGCAAUAAUAAAUUAGUUUUAUACUUUUUCUAAUUGUGUUAAUUUAUAGCCUGGUGGCCUGCGACUUCAUAAGAAGGGGUAAAUAGGUCCCAGGUCUUAAAAGGUUGAGAACCCCUGACUUAGCCCUUUGGAAAACAAUUUUGUUUGUUUGGCACACCCUUGUAAAGUGAGUUUUGUUUUUCCACGCUUUUAUUAUUUCACCAGUUGAAAACAAGCCUAUCUGCAUCUGAUACUCAGACUUAAUAUAUUCAUAAUAUGGUUCUUCAAACUUUGUUUUCUUUUCGUUGUACUGUCAUGUAUACAGGAAGAAAGCUAGGAUAAAUGGCUGAAACAGACUGCAGUAAGCCCUUGAUAUCUGUUGUAAUCUGGGUCUUUAAAAUGUGAUGGAUACAGAAGUAUUGAAUCCUGUUAAAAUGGUAAUAUUUUAUACAUGCAGGUAUGUAUAGAAUUACAUUUUUAGAAAAUAUUUAAUAUUUUAAUAAUUUUAGUAAGGAGCCUAAAGUGCUGCUGUUGAGGACUGUAAAGUAUUUCCAAUUCAUGUCUCUACUGAACAUUCAUUUUCCAGCACUACUAUUCAAUUUUGGUUCCAAAUCAUGGCUUCUUGGCUUUUUUAAUUGACUGUCUGCUGAUUUUACUGUAAAAAUAAACAAAAAAUUGGCUAAGUACUACUGGCCUGUGAAACAGUGGAAGUGCUGUUGAUUAACUGAAGUAUGUGGUGCAUCUAAUACAUGUUCUAUGUUAUAUUUAUGAAUGCCGGGUAAUAGAAGACCAACAGGUAAAGGAAGCUGAUGAUGGCAGUUAUGGAAACUGUGAUGUUAAAGAGUGGGUAGAUGGAUAUGAGAAGUGGUGAAUUUAGAAUCAACAGGUAACGGGCUUACUGUAAACAGUUCCAAAUUGGUUUCACUACAUAAUUGUAAAUAGUAACAUUACAGUGUCCUAAGUUCAACGGAAUGUAAAGGCAGUUACAUAGUGACUAAUCAGAGCUAGAGUUCAGUUUGUAAAAACUUAAAAUGUAUUUCUUGUGUGUGUUUAAUCAGAAGUAACUGCAGAUUCUGAAUUCUUGUAUGGAUUUAAAAAUUAUUGCCAAUAAAUUUGUCUCAUAUUGGCUCCAUA